AUUCUAGGUCUGCUCAUAUCACUCUCGUACCCCCUCCCCAAACUCUUCGACGAGCUGCGCAGUCACCAGUGUUCAACAAAGAGACCUCGUUUCAUCGAAAGUUGGCAUCUACAGGCUGUGGUAGCUACUCAUGAUAAUUUGUUCAGCGACUGAUACCAAUGGUAGCCACCUCACUACAUCGCGCAUCAACCGGUUGCUGAGACCUUUGCGUAACAAAUGCUCGAGUUUGAGCAAGUUAUUGUCCACCGCUCGACACGGUGCGUCUCGCAGCACAUACUCAUCACAUAGUCAAGACUGGCCACUUGAUUGCCCUCCACCACUUGCCCUCCUUCCUCAACCGUCAUCUGCCACUAGAGGGAGGUUCAACUAUUUCGACAGAGCAGAAGACUUGGAGCUCUCUCGUUUGAUAUACGCAGUUUGUGAUGCUUUUAGAUGUAUCCUCCAGGUCACGCACGGAUCGGUGCCAGGGGAGUCGAUCCCCAGCCUAGCAGCUAUGUGCUGCUUCGUAGUUGGAGAAAACGUUCCGCUGAGUGGCAUCGGAACGCGUGACAGCCAAGAGGAAGUUGUAGAUGAAGAUGAGCUGAUGAAAACUGUGGAGGAUAUCUAUGAUACUAUCCCAACCUAUUAUCGACGACAUUCGAUCGCGUCCCAUGCACUUUUCCUUGUGCUAGCAAUUUGUCCGCACCACCAUACGCUUGUCAGCGCUCUUUUGGAUAUCUGCUUGUCUUUUGGUCUAGUUCACGAAUCUCGUUGUUUGCUCAGCGUUAUCCUUGAAAUUGCCUUUCUGUCCACCACCUCUCAUCCUCCAAUCACACACCCAGGACAUGCCUUCUACCUUGCCGAUCUUCUUGCUCGAUGGGUAUCCGGAAACAGCAACACAAUGCCUUCUGAUGCCAUUCCACUAUUCUCGGUCUCGACGUUCUCGCGAGCGGUUGCAGAUGCUCUAGCUCAACAAAACUCUUUAUGGACAUGCAAAGCAGUCGAUAGGUUCUCUCGCAGCGUCGAGCUAGCUGACAUCGACUCUUUUGUCACCCUUCUGGAUUCUCUAGUCGAAACCAUACAUGAUCAUUACCCGGUGCGGUCUGGCAAAGGGAAGGAAAAGGAAACCAUCGAUAUUGGGGCUAUUCGCUGCUGCUUGCAUGGUUGGAUAAACAGGCUGUUUGCAGUCACCGUUAGCAGCCCUGCAGAACCUGCAGAUGAAUCCCGCUGUCCCUAUAUUGACUCUGUCAUUAUAUUACUCGACCGGUGUCGAAGUUAUGGAAUGCAUACCCUGCGAUUGGGUGAUUCAGCUCAACCUUCUGAAGAUGAACUUCCUGACGCAAUCACGAUACUCGCCACGCACCUUCAUCUUACAUAUUCACCGGCGGAUUAUGAUUCACGUCUCUUGGAUCUACUCCGUGAAGCUUCACCUAUUCCCACAACGUUCACUGGCCUCGUUAAGCACAUGCAUCGAGGUUCCGCGCAAGAUUUUAUGACAUCGCUCCAGCAGUUCUCGUCGGCUCUACAAACACACAAGCUACUACAGCUGGACGCCUCGCUGUGGGCCUGUGCUCUUCAUGUCUUCGAGAGCACCCCGAAAGGCACCUCAAAAGAGAUUCAGAGAUUCAAGCUUCUCUUAAUCGACGGUGUGGACGAGGCCGAGCGCCGGUUAUUUGGAGCUGGUCCACCCGAUAGCAGCCCGGCUGUUCGGAUACCAGGCCAAAGUAAGAGAUCCCGUGGCGCGCACCAUCGUCGACCGAGUGGAGAAUGGGAGUGGGAGGAAAUGGUUGGCUGCUGGAUCCGCAAGACGCCUGCUCAUGUGAAGAAAAAGAAGAAGAUUGCACAGGUUACUUUGCACGAGAGCCCGGUUUUCAUUAAACGUUUGUUGCGCAGAGGCACUCGUCGAUAUGUGACCCAGGGCUCCUCUCGUGCCACAGUUCCGCACAAAUCGGCAAGAUUUGCGAUGGGGUCUACCGCAUUUAUGGCUUCCGAUCGUCUUUCUUCGCCUUCCUCACGGGGAAGCGAAAUCUUUGCGGAAGACGUAAAUGAACAUUCCUGGUGGAGUGGAGAACACGAGAAAGAGAAUGUAAUGCCAAGUUCGCCCUUGGCAGAACGUCGACCAGCACUCAAACCACGUCACUCCAACUUCUCUUCGAUUCUGAUGGACGCCCAGAAGAACAGAGUCAAUCUACAUGAUCAGAAAUCUCCUACACUCAGCAUCUCGUCCAGUUCCAAACGAUCGCAGCCUUCGUUAUCUCGGAAAGUAUCUGUCUACUCACCUGCGGCCAUGUUACCUUCUGAUGACUCUAUGGACUUGUUCGCAUACGCAACUUCUCCGCUCAGAACAUAGCUUUGAUUGGUUUGUCACGCUCGUUCUAUAUUACAUUUUAUUUACAUAUUAUAACGUUGAAUAUUCAGACAUUGCGAGGCUUAUAAGCGUGCUGGCAUUUGCUCAGGUGCUCAGAACGAGGCUCGUUAUCACAAGUGGUACGAAUUACCAAGGAUUCUAAUCGCGUCACUGAAUUGAUGCCAAGGGUAGAACCUCCUUGGUUGACGCCAGCACGGGUACAGCAUUAGGAUGAGCUGCUUCCCAUGAGGUUUUCUUUCAAAAAUAACAUGUCAAAGGAUAUAGUUCUAACCACCUGUACAUCUUUCAGUACAACCUGAUAAUUUGAAAG